CGGCCUCCCCUCUCCUCAGCACUCACAAGAAACGCUCGGGCCGCAGCCGCGGCUCCCUCUCCAGAUCCGAUCUGAACCCUGAUAGAUCCCGCCACCCAUCCCUGCCGCCGAGCACCAUGCUCGAUUUCGGCAGUAAAGCCGCCCUGAGCAAGAUCUUCUCCAUGACAUGCGAGCCCCCGCCGCACCGGCCCCGCGACCCCGCGGCCCCUGCCCCCGCCUGGGUGCUCCUCGAGCCGCAGGCGUACCUCGCCGAUGUGAGGAACGCCACCACCGCGGAGGCCUUCUCGAGCGCCGGCCACACCGUCCAGGUCAGUGUCUGUGUUAGCGACCCGCUGGACGUCUCCUACCUGUGCGUUCACUGCCCCGGAGUCCCGGAGGCCAACUGCGGCAGGCCCAGCAUCGUUUGCUCGGAGAAGGACUUUCUCGUCCUCUCUGUCCUCUUCAUGCCCGCCCUCAGAGGGCGCGAGUACUUCGUCUACAAGGCAGGCCCCGUGCCAUCGCUGCGCUUGCUCCCGGGCCCCUACCCUCGUGUCCUCACGUCCUCGGAUCUCGGCCUCCUGCCCCGCGAUGACGGCGACCAUUUCGUCCUGGCCGUGUUGUGCUACUUACCGGCCCCUUGGGAUUUCGCCCUCCAUGUCUUCUCCUCCAGGACCUGGGCUUGGAGUCGUAAAGUGCCGCAGGUGGAGGUGUCGUCCAAUGUCAGAGCGCAGAUGCCAUCGAUUCAAGCUUACAAGGUGAUUCAGUUUGGAGAAGGCACACUUGGAUGGGUUGAUCUAUGGAGGGGGAUUCUAUUUUGCAAUGUGCUCGACGAAAUGCCUGUGGCGCGCUUCAUCACAUUGCCUAAGGUGAUGGCUGGCAACAUGGACAACGCGAAAUCGUCCGCGUGGCCGCUUCGGAAUGUUGCAUACAGAAACGGUAUGAUCAAGUUUGUCGAGAUAGAAAAACAUGAAAGACCAGAUGUCGACAAAAGGUUGGAUGAUGACUUGGAUACGCUCUAUGAGUCACACUGCUUGAUGAACCCCAAAGAAAUAGGUUGGAGGGCCAUGACUUGGUACAAGAUGACUUCUUGGGACCACUGGAGCAAGGGAUACAUGGCUUAUGACAAGGAAAUCUCGGUUGAUUACCCAAGUCAUUCUAAGUUGUUGCCUGACCUGACUCUGGGUGACAACUAUGUAAGAGAGUUGACAUUGAAGGACCUGCUAGCAUCUCACCCUGUCCUGAGCUUGAGCUGUGAUUGUGAUGAUAUUGUUUACUUGUUGUGUAAAUCCAAAUUUUGCAACAUAAAGACAUGGAUGAUCGCCGUUGACCUGAAAAAGAAGAUGUUGGUUGAUUUGGCACCAUUUUCCCUCAAAGGAUAUUUUACCUCAGCCCACCCUUCUGGAUUGUCCAAAUAUCUGAACAUAACUCCAGCAAUGGAAGGUAGUUCAGGAGGACACUGAGGAGCUUGUGGCAAAGUCAUUUUGCUCUCGAGCGCCAUCCUCAUCAUCUCAAAAGCCAACUCAAGCUUCCCUGAAAUGCAAACAUGGAGAUUUUUUAUGGUGGACCUCGCUUCUGUUGGCCGCCCUCCGAAGAAUCUGCUAUUCCCGUUUAUUCAUCGAAUUGUUCUGUGUUUUGCUAACAAUCUAUGAGUAGCUACCUACCAUUCCAGUAUUAUUAGCUUAACAAUAUGUGUAGUUCUAUGGAGUAUGUUGGCAUGGCUAAUUGAUCUCUCCAAUUUGUGGACCUUGUUUGUCGGCUUUGCUUUCUUGAAAGCCAAAUAGUGAAAAAUGGUAUCGUUGGUCUUAAA